CAUGUAUGCGUACCGUACUAAAUUUGAGGCAUUAUAACCUUGGCAUCUCCGGCCGUUAGUGUAAAACCUGGGACUAUCAUAGACUAUUGUAUAUAACAGUCCCAGGUAGAACACAAAGGUUGUGCGAAGCUGUCAUCGUCCCGACCGAUUCAUGAUCAACAAUACCACCCUAAAGGUAAACACAGAUUCACCGCCGUCUGACCUAUUUUGGAUUUCAGACUAAGCCGUAACAUACGGUACACAGAUUUGCCUGUUUAAGGAGAGAGUUGACACGGUAUAUACAAGUAAGAUAUAGCAUCUUGGAGCUUAUACGUCUUUCAUUGGGAGAAUCUCUUUUGUAGACUUAAGCACAAUGAGUGACACAGCGACAGAAGCUAGAGGAGGUGUGGCAAAGGAUCCAUAUUGCCCAAAGAGAAUUCAUUAUAUGUGUAUUGGCACUACUGUGAUGGUCCUGCUCUGCCUCUGCCUUGUUCUUGUUACUCAUCUAAUAACCCAGCAAAAGCCUUAUAUUGUACAGAAUAAUUGGGUGGGGGACGACGCUGAGGAGUCUUCUGCCGAUGCGAUCAGCUCAAGUAAUACAACAACGACGACUAAACCUACAGCAGUCAGAACAGCAAACACGUCUGCAGAUACCCCUGCAAGAGUGAAGUUGGAUUGCUUUACUAUACAAGGAACGAUCUCCGAAGAAGCUUUCGUGUUCAAAGGAAUCCCAUAUGCUCAACCACCCGUCGGUGCCUUAAGAUGGAAGCCUCCGGUGCCGUUGAAGGCGGGAACCUCAGGAAAGUGCCAUGGCUCGGACGGCACUAUCACUAUUGAUGCGAGUCGGUUCGGGGAAAAUUGCUUCCAGGCAAGUUUCCAAAAAGGCGUCCUCUACGAAGGCUCGGAAGAUUGUCUCUUUUUGAACGUUUGGACGCCAACUUUGAAUUCCUCCGCCAGACUGCCCGUUACCGUGUAUGUCCACGGUGGGGGCUUGGUGGCAAUGGACGGCAACACCUCUACCUAUUCCCCUAACCCGAACAUCACUGUAUCCGGGAACAUGGUGUUCGUCAGCAUGAAUUACCGUCUGGGCGUCUUCGGCUUCCUCGCUCUCGAUCUCCUCUCAGAGGUCAGCUCGACCAACACCUCGGGAAACUACGGUUUAAUGGACCAGAUUCUAGUGCUGGAAUGGGUCAAAGCCAAUAUUGAGAAGUUCGGUGGCAACCCGAAUCUGGUGACACUAGCGGGACACAGCUCAGGGGCAACGUCAGUCUAUGCACUUCUGGCGUCGCCGGCGGCUGACGGGCUCUACCAGAGAGCCUGGCUCUCCAGUGGUUCCGUGAGUUUGAACAAGACCCUGGAGGAAGCGUCGGCAGCUAACCUAGCCUUCCUCAACAACACAGGGUGUCGGGACGUCGCUUGUCUAUACCAGCUCACAGCCGAGCAGUUGAUGAGAGCGAUUCCCAUUGAGAGAUGGGCUGCCGAUGACUUGGAUGAGCUACCCGUAAAAGGAAGAUUCAACGAUCCGUUAGCCAUUGCCGACGGUGUGGUGGUCCCAUUUCCGCCAUUACAAGCCUGGGAAGAGCACUUACUUCGGAUAGCUGUUCCUGUUCUAGUCGGUUCAACUGCUCAAGAAGUAGACUUUUUUGCCAUGCCCGAAGGAAUCAAGUCCUGGAACUGGACAGUGUAUGAAGAAAAUGUACGAAUGAGAUUAGAUACGUUUGGGGGCAAUAUUUCCCGAGAGGCACUGCAGUUGUAUCCGACCAGCAAUGAGUAUGACCCCGAGUAUCAAUACACCACCAUGGUUUCUGACGUCAGGGUCACGUGCCCUACCCGGACACAGGCCGACAUCAUGGCAUCCGUGUCAUCUGCAAACGUGUACAGGUACGUGGUCACAUCACGUCCGUCAAAGGAAGUGUCAUAUCUUGCCCUAACAUCGAAACCAGCUUAUGCUUACCACACAUUAGAUAUGUUUGCUUUCUUUGGCGUGUUAGAGGAUUACAUACACCCGCUGACCGCCGCAGAAAGAGAUUUCCAGGCAACCAUACAGACUGAGGUCUUUCACUUUAUCCGAACUGGGCAAGUGAAGUCCUCUAACUGGCGAGCACUUCCAAAUUCCACCGCCAUUGUGGACAGCAAUAUUACCGUCGUUAAUGACUUUCACAAGAAUCGGUGUGAUUUCUGGGAAUCAAAUGGAUUUUUACAAUACGCUUGGACAAAUUAAAUCAUAGCACUCUUUUCCGGAAGUGCAGAGUGUAUACAUAAAACAUUUGAACAGCGUGUCUUGCUUUGGUUUUUAAGUAACAUGUAGACAUCAUUUCUGUAAGUUGAUUAAUAAUGGUGCAAUAUGAAAUCUUUGCACCAUUUACUUACUUAUAUCAGAUCUUACUUAGAUAUUACUGACAAAGAAACUUAAGAUAGCCUACCGUUACUUAAAACAUACUAGUAGACAAUGGUUCACGUUUCCAAACACUUGCAAGAUACUCGGUCAUGAUGAUACCUGGAAAAUAUCACCAAAGCUGCUUUGAAGAAAACUGGUUGAAUCUCUUUUUAUUUUUUGACUGAUUAUUUCUCACAGUUCACAUCUACAUGCACCUUUUUCUAAAUAAAGUGUAAUUAUUUACUUUACAGAAA